AUGCGUCUUCUCACCCACAACCUCUUGGCAUGCUCGGCACGCACUUGCCUCACCACGUCGAACAACUUCCCCUUGGCCCUCAAAGAUGUGCAGCUCGAAGUUGUAGAGGUCGAGUACAAUGAGGGCUUCUUGAAGGGCCUCAUGGGUGGGGGAAAGGUCGAUUGGAGAGGUCUGGUGCAGACUGUGAGAUCGCUCGGUGACAGCUCGCUGCCCGAGACGGUCAAUGAGGACGAACUUGACGACGACAUUCUCAAGAAGCUUCAUCAUCUGCUACUCGAGAUCCACGUAACACAAGGAGCCAUGGUCUGCCCAAACUGCUCUCACGUCUUUACGAUUCGCAACGGCAUCCCGAACAUGGUGAGUAUAGAGCCCCGAUCCUGUCGCGUGCAGCGCCGGUCCCUUGUGCUUUGGUUCUCAUCUCGCUCGCUCCAAUGUUCGCUCACUCAUUGUGUCCCUUUGGUUCGCUCAUGUUCGCAGCUCCUGGCCGACCACGAGGUACAGCGCUAGGUCAUUUCGCGCCAGGCCGUGAAGUCUUGUCAUUCGCCGAAAUACCUCCCCUCACCGUUUCUCUCUGCAUCGUGUCGUCCGUUCAUCAUGUUGUACCACAUUCAUCUCACCUCGAAAAUUCCAUCAGCUGUGAUAGCCCAAUGCG